UGAAUAUUAAUGAUGCUCUUUGUUUAAAUGGAGCCCUUGUAAGAUCAAGAACUACAUCAGCAAGUGUUAGUUUCUUUCUUCAAGCUCGCCCUCCCCUCUGUCACUUUCCAUGUCUCGUUCUAUACUGGAUGUUCAGCCCUUCUGCUCAGUAACUCUUUUGUUUGCCAAAGCAUCCAUCACAUUGCUACAUGCCUGACUGGAGACAGUACCAACUAGUACCUAGUUUAUAUGAAGACAGAGUGUUUACUCCCUAAACACUAAGGACCGAGGAGAGUUGGGAGCAAGUGAAAAGGGUUAGUUUGUAAGUAACUGGUAUGUUACAGCAGCAGCUGGGAAUUGUAGUGUGUACUAACUGUACCGAUACCUUCUCAUAACAGAUCUGUAACAACAACAAACUCCAGCAUUUCUGUAGCUGCUAAUUCCUUGCAGUGCAUGUCUGGUGUGCCUCUUGGCAGGAUGUGCAGUUGAUCUAUGGGAUUCUCAAUAAUACCUCCACUGUAAAGGACUCUUAUUGUGGGUUGAAACGUGAUAGCUGUGAGUGGCCACCUGAGCUCCAGAGGGAUGACUCUCCGCAGACCAGCUGCCCACCUACGAAGAGCUACAGCCAGGAGGAGAUCAGGAGAUGAGUCCUAUGGGGAGAGCUUAAUAUCAGAGGGAAAUAUUUUGACCCGUGUUUCUCAACCCCCACGUACACCUCGGCCUCAAAGCGCCCCAGAAGGAGGUCAUUUGGAUGGCUGGGUAGAGCACCUGCCGAGAGACUUACUCAGAGUCCCGCUUCAUAAUCAGGUUCCAGUUUUUAAUGAUCGGACGGUAUCCAUGCCAGGUCUUGCCACAGAGCCAACAGGACAUCCCUGGACACAGCUAUGGAUUCCCUCCUUCAGCAGGGAUUUGUCUUCUUGUGGGAGUCCCAGCCUGUGUGAGACCUCACUGGGCAGCCAGGAGUCCUUCCACAUGCAGAUUUUUCCUCCUCCAGAGUGCAGAGGGAGCUGGGAGAGAGUUCAUAUUCUGCAGGCCCCAAGGAAGGAGCAGCCUGAAAUCAGUCAUCUUUUUCCAGUCAAAAGUGGGUGGCUGCCAGUCCAAAGAAGAGUGAUGAUGGUGGCUGGUGCUUGCAACCAAAAUCAGUUUUUGGACCCCUCUGCUGGUCAGGUGAAACUGAAACAACCCAUCACUCCAACAUUUCAGCUGAAUCGAGCAACACCCAAGACAGAGGUAGAUGGAGAGGUGGACAGAAGUCACAGCGGCCCAACGUGGCAGACACCUGACCAAGGCUCUUCUAUUAUCAAACAGAUGCCAGAAAAACAAAGGCUUCCUACUGAUGAAAAGGACAGACCUGUAAGCUGGCAAGCGCUGAGGGGAAGCUGGAAUAUCAACAGGGUGUCAUCUUUCCUUGGAGGCAGUCAGUCAAUUGAGCUCCCUAUAGGGACCGACUCAGACCCCAACAGGAAGUCUCCUAUAAUGAAAACAACCAGCUUAGAGCACCUCAAGCAUACGCCUCUGCAUCAGACAACUUCAGCUGAACCCUGCAUGCCACAUACUCUGCUGCAAGGGACAAACAGUACAGAGGCAUACAAGUCAAAUACUCCUAUGCAUAAGACAAGCAAUGUUUGGCCUAUAAAGGCAACAGCCCCACUGUGUAGAACAAACUACAGCUCACAGCCCCCACACAUACACACACGUUCCACUGUGACUACACUCACUCCUCAGACCAAAGCAGGCUUCUCCUACAUCACCAUCUCCUCCAGGAAAGUCAGCAGAUCGGCCAGCCUACCUGGCUCUGACACACCCAGCCACCCUUCUCUACCACAACCCCACCAGUCCAUACAGCCAAACUCCAAGCAGGUCACAGUGCAGAGGACGGAUGCCAGAGUGAAUGUGUCAGAUCAAAAGGUGAUGUCUAGCCCUGUCCUGAGCACACAAAGGGAGGGGACCCCGCCCUGUAGCCAUACUUUGGAUACUGCAGUCCACAGAAGAAAGGCUACCAUUAUCAAAGUGACACAGCACAGGGAGAGCUACAGUUCAGCCAAGGUAACGUCUGGGACAAGGCACCCAGAGUGCAGCCAUAGCUACACAGAGGAUGUGUACAAGGACAGCCCGUGGAGUCUAGAAAACCAUUCACAGCACACUGCAGCACCUUCACAUCACCAUCUAGACUCCACAGAGAGGCCACAUCCAAAUACAGCCACUUCAGAUCCUGAGAAAAACCGUGGAACACUGCACAGAUCCACAGUGAGUCUUUCUGUGGGCACCCCCCCUGCUACACCUGCACCCACCCCCUCAAAGGAUGUUGGACAAAGGUCGGACAGGCCUCCCAGACCACCGAGCUGCUAUGGCAGUGGACAUACUGAGCCAAGCAAGGAGAAUGUGACAGAAGUAGCUGCCAGGAUGUGGAGCUUUGGCCUUCCACAAGAGACCAACCUGGUGAACUCCAGCAGUAGUUUUAUCAGUCCUGGAACAGUGGUGAAAGAAACAGGUCAGCUCAUGGCAGAUGCCCUUAAGACAAACAGAGGUGAGGCAGAAAGAUUGUCGCCACCAGAGAAUGCAACAAGGAGAGUGUCCCACUGUCUAACUCUCAUCCAGGCCCCAGAUCCCGACUCACACCAGUCUCCAGAGGAAGUGCUGGCUUUCAAUGCAGCUGCAAUCAUUGCAAACAUCAAACUCCAAAGGCAACUUAGUAAGAAGAAAACGCCGAGUGGUGAUUCUGAGAAGGCCUCCACUGCAUCACCCCAGAGAAAUACUGUGACAGAUGGGGGGAAAUGUUUAAAGCCAUAUCUCGAUCAAAGCCCAGUCCAGUGCCACAGUCUGCCUCCUGCUGCAUUUGUUCCACUGAGUCUCCACCCUGAAAGGUCACCUAAAACUCUAUCUCUCCAGGAAGCACUGCAGAGGUCCAGACCAGACUUCAUCAGUCGUUCCCAGGCCAGAGUGCGAGAGCUGGAACGAAAAGCACAGGAGAGAAGGGAAAUGGCGAAUUCCUUAUACCCACAGUCAAACGCUGCUGUCAGGCAGAAGAGAGCCCACAGCGCCCGGUCUACAUCUCUGAAAGAUAACCUUUUAAAACCCAGAGACAGAGCCAUUACUGUGAAAGACAUGCAGCUACCAUCCAAGCGAUCAUUUUGCUGUAGCCUGUGUGCAGAGGUGAAGAUGAACAAGGAUGAAGAGAAGAAGAGGGAGGUCUGGUUGAGCAACAGAUACAGAGUUGAGCUUUUUAAAAAGAAACUGCUGGAUCAGAUUCUUCAAAGGAGCAACAACUGAAUGACUGACAACAGAUGAUGUUGACGCAACAGGCUACAAGGAGAUAACCAACUGAGAGUGCUGGAAAUAAGUUACACUCAGUGUAGGUCAUGAUCUCUAGUGCUUGAGCCUCAGUUUCUCUCAUGUAUUGUCUUUAUAUUUGAGUUAACAUCUGUUCUUGUGAAAGAUGAGUACAUGGCAGUCUUUCAAAAACCCAGAAAGUCAUCUUUAUUUAAUUAAAAUAACACAUCUCCUUGUUCAUUUAACCAGAAAAUAUCUGAUGGUAAAACUUUUAAAUUGUGUUCAUGUGCUGUACAAAUAGGACAAGGACAUACAGUAUAUCCAUCUUUAGCUGGAUAAAGAAACGUAAUUGUAAGAGGUUAGGUUGAGUCAAAAAAAGUGUUGUUGUGCAGUGGAUACAAUUAUUUAAAUCCAGGUUUGGAAACACCUUCAAAACAGCUGAAGUGUUAGCAGGUCUUUGGGGUUUUGAAAGAUUGGUAGAAAUGUGCAUUCUCACUGGUAAUGCCCUGUUGAUGGACAGUGCUUUGUCUCAGAAUGUACCCGGGCCUGCCAAUGCAGAUGUAGGUUUGUGUGUUUUGAUCCAAAGUAAAAGUGCUUAGACUGCUGCUCAACAACAUGCCUGAGCUGGGUUUAUAUCAGAAAGAUGUGUGAAUAUUUAUUAUUAAAGGACAACAGAGAAGUGCUUUUGUCAUUAGUCUUAAUUCAUAUUUUACUCAUAAGCCUUUAAUUAGUUCUUUCAGUGUCCAGCUGUUUUCAUCCACCUUAAUUUGGACUGAGGUCUUAGAGAAGACUCCUGCCUCUUUUUGUAAACCUUAUUUCAUUUUGGCUUGAAUGCAUGUGUGGGUGUAUUUGGACAGUGGGUGUGUAUUAAUAACGGUGCUCAUGGUUUAGAAUUGCUCUAAAAUAAAAUGACAAUUAUCAUGGAUGCUGCUUGAUGAAGGCUUUUUCAAGUCUGAUUUUUUUUUUUAAUUUAUUUCCCAGUUUAAUCAGCCAUGUCUAUCCACUGGAUUUGUGGACAGACUACUGGAUGGGCCCAUUGGGCACAGGCCCUGGGGGCCCAAGGAUUUAGGGGGCCCCUAAGCCGAUCCUCUGUUUGAAGUGACUGAACAUUUCUCGUUAGAGAGUCAAGUAACAUUUUAAAUGCAGGACUUUUAGUCUGGUGCUCAGUUGCAGGAGGGGUGAGAGCCUUUGACAUGUCAGUGCCCAGGGGCCCAUUGUCUCAUAAUCCAUCCAUGACUGGACUAAUGACAAAGAAGUGUGAUAUAAAACAUAACUGAAUUCUUUUACAUAAACUAUGUAUGUUAUAUGUGAAUUUAACUGGAUGUUUUAUAUAUGAGUUGCAUUUAGACAUUGUUUUAAAUGUGUGUCCAGGCACUGCUGAAAUGUUUCAGCAAGGUUUCUUCCAAACAGCAUGGACCUGGUAACAGAGGUGAGAUGAAACUGUAAUUUCAAUAAA